AUGUCCAGGGACAAUGGAUUUGCUGCUCCGUUCAUUGAUCUUGCACUAAUUCUCCAGAAUUUUGAAGCCACAUUAGAGCAUAAAUCUAAAGACAAUGGAGAGAGAGAAGAGUCGAGAGAGACCGAGAGGAGGAGGAGGAAGAAGAAGAAGAAUUUUCAAGUUAGGGUUCUCAAAUUCUUCAAUUUCUCAUUUGGUUUAGAAUGUUCAUAUUUCAAGGGGAACUCUAUCAAAAUUUUGUUAAAAAUAUUCUUCAGUCAAACAAGUCAAGUUGCCUUGGUGGUGGGUUCGGCGUUUAGCUGCGGGACGGGUCGUGUCACUACUAGAGUCAAGGCAGCUGUUGAUACUGCUCGAGGCCUUUCUUUCUUGCAUAAUGCUAAAAACCAAGUGAUACAUCGAAAUGUUAAGUCUGCUAACAUUCUUUUGAAUGAGGAAUUCAAUUUCAAGUUGGGUGGCUUUGGUCUUGCUAGAGAUGGGCCACCUGAUGAUAGGUCUCAUGUGACCACUCGAGUUGUGGGUACGCAAGGCUACUCCGCACCGGAAUACAUUGCUACAGGCCAUUUGACGGAAAAGUGUGAUGUAUAUGCCUUUGGAGUUGUUAUGUUAGAAUUACUAUCUGGACGUCGCGCUCUUGAUACAUCUAGUGACAAACAUCGAAACCUGGUGUAUUGGGCAAGACCAUAUUUGUCUAAGAAGGAAAAUGUGUAUCGAGUUGUGGAUAAGAAAUUGGACGGCAAGCACCUUCAGGAAGGAGCCGUUAUUUUUUCAAAUCUUGCUUUGCAGUGCGUAAGUCAUAAUCCCAAAAGCAGGCCGAGUAUGGCAGAGGUUUUAGCCACAUUGGAACGACUCUAAGGUUUCAUAUGAAAAGAAAAAUCAAGAUUCUUCUAAACCUGCUUUGUCUGUCAUCUGAAUAUGACACCUUUGGAGUCUCUGUAAUUAUUGCAUGAAAACUGUUUAUGGGGUAAGAUUAAUAAGUUGGAUUUAGAUAUUGGCGAAAUCU